CCGUCUGGCUGCAGUGGCUCAGACAGGAGGGGAGAAAAACGCUGAGUGAGCCGGGGAGGGGCUCCUUAAAGAAACGCUGCCAUCCCUGGCAAAUCUUUUUUUUUUUGCAAUCUGGCCAUAAAGAAACCAGGGGGACACUUGGUCCUUGUCCCCACAGAAGAGCCCGGAGUGACCCCUGUUUAUUUGCACUGAUUCUAGAGCCAGGGUGGAGGGGGCACAGGGCAAAUCUGAAAACUGCCCCACCUGGCUGCCGCUGCCGCCCUCCUCCCCUUUUUCUCUCCUUAGUGCCGGCCGCCUCGCGUUCCUUUGUGUCUGAUUGUACCACUGAGAGCGGCCGGAGAGGGGGAGCCCUGACCAUGCCCAGCUCGCUGUUUGCCGACAUGGAGCGGAGCGGAGGAGGAGGCGAGACCCUGGAUGACCAGCGAGCCCUGCAGAUCGCCCUGGACCAGCUCUCCCUGCUCGGGCUGGACAAUGACGAGAGCUCCAUGUACGACAAUGAGCCCCGGAAAAAGAGCGUCAACAUGACGGAGUGCGUGCCGGUGCCCAGCUCGGAGCAUGUGGCGGAGAUCGUGGGCAGACAAGGUUGUAAAAUCAAAGCUCUGCGGGCUAAGACCAACACGUACAUCAAGACCCCGGUCCGCGGGGAGGAGCCAGUCUUUGUUGUGACUGGGAGGAAGGAAGAUGUGGCCAUGGCCAGGAGGGAGAUCAUAUCUGCAGCCGAGCAUUUCUCCAUGAUCCGGGCCUCCCGGAACAAGAACGCGCUGAACGGGGGCUCGGUACCGGGCCCGCCCAACCUGCCGGGGCAAACCACCAUCCAGGUCCGGGUCCCUUACCGGGUGGUGGGGCUGGUGGUGGGGCCCAAGGGGGCCACGAUCAAGCGGAUCCAGCAGCAGACCCACACCUACAUCGUGACCCCGAGCCGGGACAAGGAGCCGGUGUUCGAGGUGACCGGCAUGCCAGAGAAUGUGGACCGAGCCCGGGAAGAGAUCGAGGCUCACAUCGCGGUCCGCACCGGUGGCAUCAUCGAGCUCACCGAUGAGAACGACUUUCACGCCAACGGUACGGACGUGGGCUUCGACCUGCACGGCCCCGGCAGCCUGUGGAGCAAGCCAAACUCAGGAGUGACCUCAGGCUCCCGAAAAACCUUCUCCAACUACCGAAAUGACAGCUCCAGCUCCCUGGGCAGUGCCUCCACCGACUCCUACUUUGGGGGUAACCCCAGGCUGGCAGAUUACAGCCCCCCCAGCCCUGCCCUCAGCUUCACCAACAAUGGCAACAAUAACAACAAUGGCAAUGGAUAUGUGUAUGGCAGUGGUGGCGAGCUCGUCUCCCCGGACUGUACCGAUCUGGCCUUUGACAGCGGCUUCGACCCUGCUCCCGCCCCACCAGGCACUGCCCUGCUCUGGUCACAGUACGAUCGCUCCCCACCGGGCAGUGCCAACUCCACCACCGCCUACCCCAGCAAUGCCAACAGCCUGCUGAGCGCCACCUGUCGGCGGCCCACCGCCCCACCCAGACUCUCCCCCCCUCUGCACGGUGGCAACAGUGUGCUCUCUGAGCAUCCCCUAGCACGCAGGGUGCGCAGUGACCCUGGUGGUGGCCUCAGCUACUCCGCCUAUCCCAGCAUGGCCUCCUCCGACUCAUCCUCUUCCUCCUCAUCCUCCUCCAGCAGCAGCUCUUCCUCUUCCAGCUCGUCUUCCUCUUCAUCGGGUAUGAGGAGGAAAAGCAGCCGCGAUUGCUCCAUCUGUUUCGAGAGCGAGGUGAUCGCUGCCCUGGUCCCCUGCGGGCACAACCUCUUCUGCAUGGAGUGUGCUAACCGCAUCUGUGAGAAGAAUGAGCCCCAGUGCCCAGUGUGCCACACUGAGGUCACCCAGGCCAUCCGCAUCUUUUCCUAGGGGGCAAGCACCCAAGCCUUUAUUAUUAUUAUUAAUAUUAUUAUUAAUGACACUCAACUAUUUAAAUAAAGAACAUACACCCUGCCCUAUGGCUACAUUCCCACCUGUAUGGUGCCAUACAACAUGUGUCUGUAUGUGAUGAUAUCUCUAUCUAUAUAUCUAUAUAUAUGUGUACAUAUAUUUAUAUGUAUAAAGAUUGUAUUCAUAUAUAUAUAUAAUUACACACAUAUAUACUUAAUAUAUAGAAUGCUCAUGAUGUGCCCUCAUGGCUCUCAGUGUAUACAAUGAAUGAGGCGUGUUAUAAUCUUAUAAACCCCCAAAGCAAUUGUUACAAAAAAAAAAAAAAAAAAACAGGGGCAUAUGUCAAGUGCAUGUCUUCUUUUAUAAGGCACCUGUUUUUUU